AAAUAACCGAGAGACAUUGGAUGAGCCAAAUAAAAGAGGCUAAAUAUACGAUAUCGAUCCUAUCCAUUCAAGUCAGGAGUUCACUUUGUAAACAAGGAGGAGGCGAACAUGUCAGGGAAAGACAAGAUUAAUAUUUUCCCCUCCAGAGGGGCGCAGACCCUGAUGAAGGCUCGUCUGGCGGGGGCUGUCAAGGGCCACUCACUGCUGAAGAAGAAGGCCGAGGCACUGCAGAUGAGGUUCAGACAGAUCCUUGCGAAGAUUGUAGAGACCAAGACUCUGAUGGGUGAUGUGAUGAAGGACGCGGCGUUCUCUCUCGCCGAGGCAAAGUUUGCAUCCGGUGGGGACUUUAACCAGAGUGUGCUGCAAAAUGUCACCAAGGCACGCAUCAAGAUCAGGAGCAAGAUGGACAAUGUGGCUGGUACCAACCUCCCUGUAUUUGAGACAUUCGAGGAUGGCGUGGACACUUACGAGCUGACGGGGCUGUCCAGGGGCGGCCAGCAGAUGGCUAAGCUCAAGAUCAACUACAAGAGGGCCAUUGAACUGCUGGUGGAGCUGGCCUCCCUGCAGGCUUCCUUCGUCACCCUCGACAAUGUAGUGAAGAUUACCAACAGGAGGGUGAACGCUAUUGAGCAUGUGAUCAUUCCAAGAUAUGAGAGAACACUUGCCUACAUUCUGUCCGAGCUCGAUGAGUUGGAGCGCGAGGAGUUUUACCGCCUGAAGAAGAUCCAGGAGAAGAAGAAGGCGAUUCGGGACAAGGCAGAGGUGGAGCGGCUGCGUCUCAAGGCCAUAGGAAGGGCCAAGGAGCUGGAGGAAGCCGGCACCAUCUUUGACGACAAUAAUGAGGAGGAUCUGCUGUUUUGAGGGGACUAUUUGGGUGGGUGAUGGGGGAAUAGGGGGUUGGCUGACUGACUGAUGGAGUGAUCGAGUGGGUAAGUGGAUGGCUGGGUGACUGAUGGACUGACUGACUGACUGGCUGACUGACUGACUGACUGGCUUGUUUUUCAUUUCCUUUGACAGAGUAAUAACUUCUUCCAAAAUAACUUUCUGGGACUGACUGACUGAUUAUUGGGAACUUAACUGACUGACUGACUUUUAAACUGACUGACUGACUGAUUAGGGGUCAAUGCACUGAUAGAAUAAAGCCCAGUCACCCAUGUUAUUUUUUAAGUCAGUUAAGAUCGGAUUAAGUCAGUCACCUAACCUAACCAGAAAAUAACUUGGAUAACUGAACUUUCUUUUAUCCAGUUUUAAUAUAUGAAAUGCCAUUUUCUUCUUGGUGUCUGUUGUAAAAAGUGAAUAUAUAUUAGUUUUGGUGUUGGGCUGAGUGGUGGUUGUGGUGGUGAGAGGAAUGAUGUGUGAUGGAUAAGUUCUAAGUGGUUUAAAGGUUGAGUUAUCCAUCAUUCCUCCAGUCUUGGAUAAUAUUGUUAUUCAUUGCAUUCUGAACAUUCUUCCAACAUUUCAGUGACCCUCUUAUCUCAAUCUCUCUCUCAUAUACUUUUAACAGGCUGUAGUGGAAGUUGGUGUUUUCAAGGGUGUUUUUCAUGAUUCCUGCUAAAGUUUAACAAGUGUUCCUUAUUCUGACUGGUUUUCACAGGCUGUAGUGGAAGUUGUUAGUUUUCAAAAGUUUUCAUGAUGUGGCAAUAGUUUAACAUGUUGCAGUGGAAGUUAUUAGGGUUUUGAGGUGUGUUUGCACAAUUUUAGUGAUUAUUUGACUGUAAUGAGAGUUAAUGAAGUUUCCAAGAGCUUCCAUGAUUUAGUGACAGUUUAACAAGGUGUAGUGGCAGUUGUAGAAAUUUACAAGUCUUUUCAUGAUCCUGGUGAUAGUUUAACAGAAAUUGAAGUAAGGUUUGCAACAGUAUUCAAAAGAUCCCAGUGAUAGUUAAACAAGAACCCAGCCCACAUGAAAACAACCUUGAGAACCCAACCAGUCACUCCUUUGGCCUUUAAAGUCAUCAGGGAGGUAAACAUUCCAAAACAAGAACCUUAAAGAGACCAUCCACUCAGCGCCUCUCAGCCCAGCGGCCAGACCAGAUGUAGUCUAUAUAGCGGUGUACAGAAAGAUGAAUGUGAGCUGUGUGUUGCCUUGCAUGUGGUGAUGAAAGGCCACAAGAAAACUGUAGCGACGUACAUACUUACAUUCCACAUAACUCAUUGGUCAUGUAUUUGCUUUAGGAACAGAACACAAGGGUUGGUGUGGGAAGCCAUCUGGCCUACACGUGGCAUUCCCUGUAUGAGAGGGAAAGGGAAGCUGCAAAGAACCAUCAGGCCUACACGUGGCAGUCCCUGUAUAAAAUAUUUCUUUCCUCCUCUCGUCAUUAUUAAACUUGGGUCAUUACCGGAAAUGCUUUGACAGAUGACGAUGUGGAAACAAAAGGGUAAACAAAAAUUAACAUAAACAGGGUGACAACCAUGCAUCAGCUUAGCAAGGAUCCUGUAUAAGCAAUGAACACGCAGCUAAAUCAUGAUACGCACACACGCAGACACACUACACACAGUAAUCAGAUAUGUGUAGGAUUACUCAAAAAAUUAUUAAUGUUACAUAUAAGAUCAAUUAAUUUUCCAAUCUGUUCCAGUGUUUUCGUUUUCCCUUGUUGAGAUUCUAUUCAGAGAUUUUUGUAUUUGUCUUAGGAGUGAGUGUAUGUACAUAGCAUUGUAUUAAACUGUGUGAGGUAA